AUGAAGAUCCGUCACCAGACUCGGUGGAAGGGUCUGGUGGACCAGGGCAAAACUGUUCGGGUCCAUGGUGGAUCGGGGUCCAAGUUCGUGACGAAUGGGGCGGGUCUCUCUGAUGCUGAACAUCGGUUCGGUAUUCAAGCCCGCCUCAACCAGGUCGAUACAGAUUCGGUGCUCAAGCGACAUCGACUUUGGUCGAAUCACCACUGCCGGGCACCGACUUGCUCGAGCGCCGAGACGCUGGCGCACGUUUUAAACCAUUGUACCCCUAACAUGGUUUCAAUCCGCCAGCGUCAUGAUGACGCGCUCGAGAAGAUUGGUACGCAGAUCCGGACAGCGCUCACCCGUGAUAAAUCCAGUGCCGAGCUGCGCCUGAAUCAGACUGUACCUGAGUAUACUGGCGCGGCUCUUCGGCUGGAUAUUGUGUCGCGGGAUGUGGCUGCUAAAACGGUGGUAAUUGCCGAUUUGGCAAUCACCUUUGAAGAUCAGUCGUCCGGUGCCCGUCACUCCUCGCUGCAGCUCAGUUAA